GCAGUUCAAGGCGGAUAAAAAAGCAGCCCAGGAGAAAAUGCUGCAACAGGAGCAUGAGAGACAGGAGCGGGAGGACGAGCUCCGAGCCAUGGCCCGCAAGAUCCGCAUGAAGGAGAGGGAGAGGCGGGAGAAGGAGCGGGAGGAGUGGGAGCGGCAGUACAGCCGCCAGAGCCGCUCCCCGUCCCCGCGCUACGGUCGGGAAUACAGCUCGUCCCGGAGACGUUCCAGGUCCCGGUCCCGCUCCCGGUCCCGCUCCCGGAGCCCUCACUACCGGCACUGAGGGACCUGCCCCUUCUGGGAACACCCCCAAUAAAGAUGGAAAAAAACCUGGA